GAAGGUUUGUUCCCAGCAGCUGGCUAGCAUUUCUCCAUAUCGUAGCUUAUUUCCAACGCGGCAAGCCGUUUCUAUAGCAACCAUUGUGUGUUCGUGAACCUUGCUCCCUGCGAAAAAAGCGGUGUGGUGUUGUGAAGUCAGCAACCAUUUUAAAAGCGCCUAAGCGCCCUAGCAGUGCAGUGAAGCGUUUGUGGAAAGUGUUGAUAGCCGAAAAUAAAAGAAGUGCAUUUGGAAUAACGCCAUCGGUGGUUGUGUGAACAAACGCAGAGGUUUUAUUGUAGGCGCGCUGAUAAAAAACAGGAUACUGAUAUUCAUAAAAGGAUCUCUUAUUUAUUGAUCUGACCCGUUAAAUUAUACUUCAAGUGCACAAGUGAGCCUUCGGGAAAAAGGAACCAACCAUGCCUUCGUUAGGAAUAUCGUGCGUGCGCUAUUUGGUGUUUUUCUUCAAUUUCCUGUUUGCGAUCACCGGCCUGGUCGUCAUUAUUACGGGAGCCAUCAUCCAAUCGAAUUAUUACCAUUACUCGAACUUUGUCGGCGAUAAUUUCUGGACCGCCCCGAUCGUACUUAUCGUAAUCGGGUCCAUCAUCUUCGUGGUGGCAUGCUUCGGUUGUUGCGGUGCGGCCAAGGAAAGUCCAUGCAUGAUCAUCACGUUUUCCAUCUUUUUGGCGCUGGUGUUCCUUGCCGAAAUCGGUAUCGGCAUUGCCGGGUACUACAAGCACGAAGAGCUCAGCGGUAUACUGGAGAAGGGCUUCAACAAGACACUCGAUAGCUACGCCACCGACAAGGGUGCCCAGGAAGCGUGGAAUCUCGUACAGUCGGAGAUGGUUUGCUGCGGCAUUAAGGGACCGGAAGACUGGGAACCGAUCUAUAAGAACGAUACUGUUCCGAGGGCUUGCUGCCACCGGAUGCCGAUCGGGGUGAACAAGUGCACCAGGGAGUACGCCUCGACGGAAGGAUGCUUCUCGAAGCUGUCGAACUAUCUCGGCUCGAAAUCGCUCAUUCUCGCUGGCAUUGGCAUCGGAUUGGCCAUUGUGCAGUUGAUUGCUGUCUUGCUGGCAUGCUGCCUGUAUGGAUCGUUCCGCCGCCAGUACGAGACUGUCUAAAGUGAAGAAGGGAACACCUGCAAUACAUCAUUACCCAACAACUCCCAUCUGGUCCGUUUUGAAUACUGUAAGGAGAUAAACGAAAACGAUGAUGGCAAAAAUUCCGGCACCGUCAUCAACAUUAUUCUCACGCGAUAUGGGAAAAAUCUGUUUAUCUACCGAUUGUAAGACCGAAAUCAAAAUAGAUGAAGAAACCAUGUUCGAGCCUAGUAUAUAUCGCAGCACCGGAUUAAUGAUCAAUCAUUUUUAACUUCAAAUAUUCCUGCGAGUGAUGGACUGACCACACGCAGCCGCAAGUCGUAUUGUAAUGUUCUAGAAAACCCCAAUUAGAGUUUACUGUAAAAGUUGUAGAUCAUGAAAGGCAGCGUUGUAGCAUCUUAAUACCUCCAAUACACUAUCACUUGUCGCUCGUCCCACCUCUCCCAACCAGCCAACAAAUUUCGAAUGGGAACAAAUGGAAAAUCAAUAAUUUUGCUCUAAAUAGUAUCGACACGGUAUGCUGCACUGCGGUCGCAGUUGUUUUUACUAAAGAAAACCAAACAAUUAGAUAAACCUCAACCGUACCGGGGGGGCAAUAGAGGAGAUUAGGAAUAUUAUCAAAAUAUUAUGAAAAUCCCAAUCCCCUUUAAACUGUUACGUGCCAUGCACGAAUAAUACUUGUCCAUAGAAGCAACAGCCGGCAGUUCAUCAAAUGCUAACCGAUAUAAUCAUUAUUAAGUAACGACCGUGCAUGAAUGAGCGAUAUUGAAAGGCAUUAGAAGAAAGGAUAGUUAUAACUCUUUCAAAUGAUACAUUCAUUAUUUGCACAUCGUGAUCGAAUUCGAGACCAAUAGCAAAGGUUAGGAAGGAGAACAGAUUAAUCGUACUGCGAAAUUCGCAAUUUCCUUUUGCUUUAGAUGGUCUAGAAAUUCCGGAACAACAUCCUGCUGCAUGAAUCUAGUAUUUGUGCCAAUAUAUACUGCUUAUAUUGCCACAUUCUGGUCGUAGAACACCCAGUUAAAAAUACGGUCGAGAUAAUACAUCAUUCCAUAUUUUACAAUCAUGAAAGUGGUGGAUGGAUCAAAUUGAAAUUGAAAACAUUCCUCUAUUCGUAGCUGCUUGUUUGUGUAGAAUUUUAGCGACAUAUUUUGGCAAAUCGAAAAUCGAUACACAUUCAUAUAUAUUAUUCAUUCAUACUUUUAAUUGUGCUGGCUUCUACCGCUGGCUAAAAUGGAUAGGUGGCGUAUCGAUGCAAUUUACAAGCUAAGCUAAAUUUACAGCAAAGAAUUGCACAAAAUUGCAAUGGAAGCGAUGGAGACGCACGGUUUGAAAGUGAUUUACACAUAAUAGAAAGUGUCGAUUGUUGUUGGUGCGAAUAAGAAUAAUACAAUUUAGGUCCCACACUUACUGCACACGGACACACGUUUUGCAUUCAUUUGCACGAUCUUAUACCACACGAAGAAUCUCACACGUUUGCUCAUAUACAAAGAGGGAGAGAGAGAAGGGUAAAAGCAGAUUAUGUUUGUAAUACUGGGUAAUACAAAAAAAAUCCGCCCAUACUUGGUCAAAGGAUUACAGUAGCUGUAUUUACAAAACAAACGUGUAAUGAUUUUAUUUGUCCAUUGAGAACGCGUAUGCUCAAAAGAUUUGCCACCACAACAGCAAACGAAGUGCAAUGAGAGAGGGGUGUAUGAAGAGAUGGUCACCACACGUAUAAAUGAAACUAUUUACAACGUUGCUCAAACCGUAUUAAACGUAAUGGUUUCAGUUACCUUCAUUCUUUCGAUUCGUAUUCAAUUAUUCGUCUUUUAGUUUGCGAAACACGUGGUUACACUUUGUUUGAACAGUACACAUCACGAGUGGUGCGUUUUGCACACUGCAAACUGGAGGAAAAAGCGUUAAAAAUAUAAAAUGGUACACAUAAUCGUAGAUUGGAAUAAAUAUGGUUCUUGUUUUGCUACUUUAUGCGCUGAUCAAUAAAGCAUUCCUUUUUCAGUGUGUUGCGUCAAUGUAAGCCAGUAGAGAGUACAGUACAGAGCAACUGUGUUGAUAUUUUUAUAAAUGUAUUUUACUGAUUAAAUGCUAGAAAUCACCUACAAUAAAAAGGUAUAGGCCCGUACACGGCGAAACGGA